CAGUACAUGGACGGUUUAGUCACAAGGUCAAUUUCCAAGUCACAUCUACGGAAAGUCACAAGUUUGAUUUCUUCUGUAUAUGGAUGGUUUAGUCACAAGGUCAAUUUCUUCAGUACGUGACAAGUAAACCACAAGGACAUUUUUCUGAGCACAUGGACACAAAUUACAAGUUCUGAGGAAGAUUGCAUGUUGCUGUCUGAUAACGAAUCUGAAUUGGAGCACUAUUAUUUCAUUGCUGGAUGUAUCAAAUGUGUGUCACAUAUUCAAAGCAGACUGCGUGGGAGAUGGUUUCCUGGUGCUGGCGAUCAGUAGUACUGGAGGUCUCUGGAAAACUGCUCAGGGAAAAGUUGUAGUCGACUGAGAGGAAAGGGAUAUUGAUUGUAAAGGAACCGUGAGGCCAUUCUCCCCAGCACUAUACCGUCAGACAUCACCUCCCCCAUCAGACAGAUCUCCCCAUACAGCUCCACAGCCCGUCACACAGAUUUAUUCCAAUCAUCACAAGGAGACAGAUUUGGAAAAGAUUCCAGAAGAAAUCAAAAUAUUUACUAUAUUCUGAUUAUGAAACAAACCUUUUAAUUAGAAUUUCAGAACAGAUCAGAAUAGGAAUUAUUUUAUUUUAAAGGAUUUGUGAUUUAAGAAAUUAAGUUGAAGGAUUAUUUGCCAACCUACAUAGCUGGAAUUCAAUGAUUUUUUCAUUUGGUCACUGAAGUUUGUCAUUAAGGAAACGUGACUCUGGUAUGUUCUAAUGGAAAUAAAGUGUUCUGCAAGGAAAUUUUCACUUCAUAUUUUAGAUGCAUGAUGACAAAAAAAACUUCAUAUGUGACACAGCAAUCUAUCAUCAAGCAGUGAUUUCUUGUGGGAGAAAAAAUAUUGGAUUGUGAAAUUGUCGCUGAUAUCUUAGCAGGAAUUCUGGAGCAAAUUGAGUUUAGUCACCAUAGUGAAUGUGGCGUGAUCGCAUGGCUAUUUUUGUGGUGAAUUGAAACCAGGAAAUAACUGAGCUCUUUCUACUAAAGAGUGUGCUUGCAAUACGCUGGAUUUUGUAAUGAUGAAGAACGUCUCUCACAGAAACUCAUGCCCAUGUCUUUAGCACACAAGCUUAUGACAUCACGAGCCUCAUCAAAUUCUGUAGCUCCCCGGACGACAGCAGCUGACGAUCUGAAGGCCAGGUCGGAGAGGUCAAGUGACACUUGCGGAUUUAGAGCUCAGGGCUCACCUAUUACCUACAGAAACUUCAUAUAGCUGGAGGUGCUUUGUCUCACCUUGUACUCUGUAUAUGAUGUCAUCUACUCUAGUUGAGACUGUGUCCAUCAAUUAUGAAGAUUUUAACGACAGUUUCCUGACGUGUGGGACAUGCCUGUGUGUGUACGACCAUCUCGAGUGCUCACCUAAACUCCUCCCCUGUUCCCACACAGUGUGUAAAAGCUGUCUACAGCGUAUCGUGGAAGCACAACUUACAGACACAGGCUAUUUCCGAUGUCCAAUUUGUCGUGAGCACAUUGGAAUUCCAAGAGGAGGAGUUACAUCAUUUCCACCAAGUUUCAUUGUCAACCAGCUUCUGGACCUUAUGUCCCAACAAAGGCGUGACGUUAUACCAAAAUGUUCCUCACAUCCCCAGCAAGAAUUGCUGUUUUGUGAAACCUGCGAUUCUGUGUUUUGUACACAGUGUGCAGGCGGGGAACACAAUGGACGAGGAGCAAGCGAACAUACUGUGAUACCUUUCUCAAUUGCAAUUAAAAGAAUGUCAGAGAUUUUGCUGUAUAAGGCUCAUUUAUGUAUCAAAAACUUGAACCAUGCUUAUGAUAAUGUCUCUUCAGAAGUACAAAAUCUCGAGUCUUCUGUAGAAAAAACUGUAGAACUUAUCAACCGUUCCUUCCAAGAUCUCAUUGCUUCUGUUGAUAAAAGGCGACAUGAAUGUUUACAAAAAGUUCGCAAAGUUCGUGAGGAUAAACGUAAAAUUCUCCGAGAACAACUAGAUUUGAUCCAAACUGAAAAAGAGAAAGUUCAAGCUGAAUGUGAUGGGCUUCAAUACCAGGUAGAGGUUAGGAACAUUACCAAAAAAAUUGGUGACUUAAAUGAAAAGUUAGACACAACCACAUCACUGUCUGAACCAAGAGAAAAUUCUUUUAUCAAGUACGAGUGCAAACACAACAAUGCUCAUAAAGACAUCACAAAGGCUCUGACGGAGUUCGGCAGAAUUAAAGUUAGUACCACAUUUCCAUCUCUCUGCACAGGAAAAGUCGGUGAAGCAAUCACGCACUUGAAAUCUUCAGUUAAGGUUACCACUGUUGAUUACCAUGGCAACCCACGAACCAGUGGUGCUGAUCCAGUGACAUCGGAAGUUCGAACAGAUCGGGGUGAACUUGUCGAGUCAAAGAUCCGAGAUCAUGAGAAUGGAACCUAUGAAGUGCAAUAUGUGCCACCAAAAGCCGGCAAGAUCAAGGUUUUUGUCAGCAUCUUCAAUCGUCCAAUCAGAGGAAGCCCUUUUGUGAUAGAUGUCUCUGAACAUAAAGAUCCUGUGUGGAAAUUUGGAUCACGAGGUUCAGGUGAUGAAAAAUUUGUGCAGCCAGUCCGAGUUGUGACGGAAAAGGCUGGAAACAUUUAUGUUCUUGACACGGGUAACAGUCGCAUCAAGGUAAUUGGUCCCAAGGGCGACUUUGUAGGCCAUAUAGGUCCCCUUGGGUUGGAAAAUCAGAGUGGAACAGGGCUGUCUCUAACACCAGACGGAAACCUCGCUCUGGUCAACUGGCGGACAAAGUACAUCACCGUGGUAACAAAAGAUGGAGAACUAGUCAAGAAGUUUACAAACCCAGAUUUUGUUGAGCCAAUAGACAUUGCCGUUAACAGCAAAGGCGAGUUUAUAGUGGCAGACAAUGGUGCCAACAAGGUCUUUAUAUUUGAUGGCAACGGAAAACUCAACACUACCUUCGGAGGCAAGGGAGACAAAGAAGGACAGUUCAAACUUAUGUAUGCUGUUGCUGUAGGCAAAUGUGAUGAAAUUCUAGUCGCUGACCAUAGAGUACAGGUGUUCAGUAAGGAUGGAAAGUUCUCUAGGGUCAUUCCUGAUCAAAGCAAAGGCCAAUUUGGUGGACUCAAUGUAGAUGCAGGGGGCUUCAUCCUCGCUACGAAAACAGAAAAGGGGAAAAGUUUUGUUCAGGUUCUCAACUCCAGCGGGAAGCUUCAGUUUUGUAUCGAUAGUUUCCAUGACAAGCUUCGACGUCCGAGCGGCCUAGCAACAACCUCAGACCAUCAUGUCUAUGUUGUUGACCUUGGCAACGACUGUCUGAAGAAGUACAGGUACAAAUAAUACAGGUUGCAAUAAUAGUGAACCUAGUCAUACAGCCAAGUGGUGGUACCCCUCCUUACUAGAAUGGACUGUUCUGUCUGAUGUUACCAUGGCAAUUUUCAUAUGCAGUGUGAAAGUGAUUCAAGGAUCUGAAGCAAAGUCAUUGGAACAAUAGUAAUAAUGAAUCAAAGUUUCCUUGGCAACUGAGCAGAGAUUUGCAGCUGUGGUUCCUUGAUAAAUUCCAUGUGGCUCUAGGUAACCAUUUAACCCUCAGUGAAACUGUUAUGGUUACCAGGAGGUCUAGAAUAUGGUGUAAUUUUACCAUUGGCAACCAGAUUGAACAUUGUAUGUACAACAGUGAACCAUAUCAUAACUGGUUACCUGUGACAACCUUCACCAUGGUAACCAGAGUGUGAUCUUGGUUACCAUUGGUAACCAUGCUGUAUUCAUGGUUCCAAGCACAUUGAGACCUAAAGGAUGUUGAAAUCCAUCAUUCCAGAAUCCAGCAUUCAUCUUACCUGCAUGAACACCAAACUUGCAUACACAACUUUAGAUAUAGUGAACAUCUUCCUGUCAAUAUAACUGUCCAGGUGAACAUCACUUUUAUUAGAAAUGAUCUAGUUUCAAAUAAUCACUAGACAGGCAGAAUCAUAUUUUAUUAAGAAAAAAAACACUUUUCAAAUGGCUGAGAGAAUUAAGUAACACUCUUUUUUAAUAAGUGAUGUCUUUUUUUCAUAUUCAGUUCAAUUUCAGUUGGAAUUUUUUUUUAUUUUUCUUGCAAAUUUACACGAAGUUUAUUAUACAAAUACUGUAUAUAAUUUACAUGCAUUACUUUGAGCCCAUUCCAUAGAAAACAUCAGGAAUAUUAAAUAUCCAUAUACUGUCAUUUUAAGAUCACUUAACCAGCAUAUCUACAGGUAUGUGAAGCAAUUACCCUGUUUUACACCUCAUAAUGUCACCUUUAUUUUCUUUUAUUACAAAUUCUUGCUACAUUUAUCAGGAAAAUUGAUAUGUAUGUUAUAAAAACCCAAACUACAGAUGUGUAACGUAAAAAUCUGUUCUCUAUAAUUCACAUUUAGUCCCUAAUUGAUUGCAGUACAAUUUGCUAAUUUUCUGUCAGCUUCAAUGCUGAAACGUUGCUUUAGCUCAGCUUCUCAGAAAGUGUGUGUAGCAAUAUAAUUGUCUAGUUACAAGGUAAACAUUUUGAGUAAUUCAAGAUUUAAGCUUUAAGUUAAAAAUAGGAAAAAUCAGUGCGUUUUGAGAAUUGCCAAUAACUUCUUGGACUAUUUUUAGUUUUUCUUUCAAAUAAUACAAACAGAAGUAGCCAAUGAUCAUGAUGUUUGGUAUACAAUAGGAAAUUUUAGGGAAUUUUCAGUAUUGGCAAUAAUUUCUUGGACAAUAUUUUGAUUGACUCUCAAUAUAAUAUAUACCACAAGACCUAAAAAUGUUUCAUAAAGAAAACCCUGAACAUUUCUGGGAAUUUUGAGAAUUGGCAAUAACACACCAAGGGAACCAAAGAUGGUAGUGUACUAUUGAGAAAUAAGUUGAUGUGAUUUGGUGUGACUUUACACAGUGCUAUAUCUGUGUUAGAAUACAGUACAUUGUCAUAGAACUCAGUAAACAGACCAACCAUUGCACAAUCAACUAUUCCUGGGUAGACUCCAUAUCCACCUUCAAAGUCCAAGGGUGUCGUUCUCGCCUAGCAAUACCUUGAGAGAGCCUACGUGAACGUGACCCCCGGAGUUGGAGGAAGCUGUUGUGUAUUGUUACAUGUUUACUCUCAUUGUAAGGUUGUGCCAUAAAAGAUUAACUAAAGUAAACAAUUAUACAUACAUUUGUAUAUGUAUACAUAUUUGUUGUGUUCAUAAAUGAGCCUGAAGUCAAAACACCCAUUUCAUAUGCAAGAUUUGAACUGCUGGUGCCCAUGUUGAUCAUCAUGAUGUUAUUUAUAAGUAUUCAUCAUUACUUUUUCUGUUUGUAAUCUUUUUUCAUCAGCUACUAUUUGUUUUUGAACCAAUAAGCAGAAAACUUAAAAUUCAUACAUGUUUCAAAUAGUCUCAAAUGCAAAAUUCGUUUUAAAAUUUUUUCUUCCAUACAUUUGCAAAACACUUUUAGGAAGUGGACCUAUUUUAAAAUGAUAGCUGUACAUGUGAUGUCGUAUUCUUAAGACAUUGGAUGAAUUUUGUAAGAAAUUAAUUUGUAAACUGAUGUUAAAGUUUAUAAUACCUACAUGAAAAUUCAUGCUUGAUGAUAUUUCUGGUAAACAAUUUUUGAAACAUUGUGGAACAGUUGAUGUUGAAUUAGUCUGCUUGAAUUACCUGUGGUAUUUGUUUUCAUGUCAUCUCUCAUUUAGCAUCAACAUUGAAUUAAAACAUUGAACAAACAGUGAUACUUACCAGAUGUUGACAAUUAAAGUACAGUAGAGCAUAGCGUAUCAAUAUUAUUAAGAGUACUCGUACACACUACAAUCUACUACAUCAAUAUUAAUGAAUAUCAAUUAUCUUUGUUGACAUAAAUCAUAUUUCAGCCAUUCAAGGGAUAUUUUUUUUCUUCCAAAUUAUAGCUCGAUCAUUUCAGAUAAUUGUAAGUACCAGAUAAAGACUAACAGGGUUGACACCUCCUAGAGAUGCUAAAGUGGGAGAUCUCCCACCAAGGGAUUGUAUGAAGUGGGAGAUCUCCCACCAAGGGAUUGUUCAAAGUGGGAGAUCUCCCACCAAGGAUUUGUUCAAAGUGGGAGAUCUCCCACCAAUGGAUUGUUCAAAGUGGGAGAUCUCCCACCAAGGGAUUGUUCAAAGUGGGAGAUCUCCCACCAAGGGAUUGUUUAAAGUGGGAGAUCUCCAACCAAGGGAUUGUUCAAAGUGGGAGAUCUCCAACCAAGGGAUUGUUCAAAGUGGGAGAUUCAGCGCGACAACAUUUUAAGGACAGAAAAUUGUUUUGUGCUAUAUUUUAGCUAAUAAGUCCAUAGAAGGAGAAAUCUUAAUACUGUCAGUGUCUACAUUUCAGAAGUGAAUGUUAUAUAUGAUAUAUAAUAAAUGUAAGAUUUUCCUGUUGUGUACAUUUUGAUAAACCUUUGUUAAGUGGAAUCCUGAUUAUAGUCAAAAUUUUAAGAAUAAGAAACUCUAUCAGUAUCCUGAAAUAAGUACUUACAACAAAAUAACUAUUUCAUUUGAUGGUUUAAUUAAAUUUCUGUUUUUGAAAAUAUGAAGUAAAAAGGAUGAAUGGAAAUUAAGAAACAAAUUUUAAUUUUCUUGAUAAUUUUUUAAUUAAAGGUAUUCCUUUUCCCAGGGUAUAUUCUGUCCUCAAAAAAAUACUGUAGUAGAAAAUAACGAAACUUUAAAAUAGAAAUUUCUAGGUAAUUACAACUGUAUAUAACUUAUUAUUUUUGGAAUCCUGUUGGCUUUGGAUUAACAGCUCACUGUUUGCCUUUCAAUGUUAUUUCCUUGAAGCACAUUUUUAGAAUUCACCAAAAUCAUUUUUAAGUGCAAAAUUAUUAAAACAGGUAUGUUUAAUUUAAAUUGCACUUAAUUUUCCAUCAGUGAAAUUGAUUAUGUUCCCAACAUAUCAAAGUUUAUGAUGUUUGUGUGGUUCAGGAUUGAAUUAGAUUCAGGUGUGUGACAGUGAGUUAUGUAUCAGCUUCUUAAGGAGACAUGAUGCUGAAAUUUAGUAAAAAUUCCACAGGCCUGGUACAUUUGUAUAUGUAAUAACUAUGGAAUGUAUUUGUCGAAAUUUUCUAAACAGUAAUGCUACCAGAGAUCAAAUACUUAGUUAUGACAUGUUUGACAACCAAAUUUGCAAAAUUUUCAUAGAAAAAGUUAAUGUUACAUUGUACUUGAAAAAAGCCAGCAAAAUUGGGCAUCUUUGUUAGAUUGAACUGAGUAUCAUUAACGAGUCAUUAUGAGUUCACUAUGGGGCUAGUAUAGAACAAAUGCCAAAGACAAUCAAUACUGUGGUCAUCUAUUAAAGCCAUCAACAAACAUUUUUGUAUUGUUCAUUCCAGGAUCUAGCUAUUAGGUACAAUCGUAAUGUCUCAAAGGCUGCCGUUCGUAUUGAUUUUGCUAAGAAUUUUUGAUAACCAAAUUUUGAUUUUGAGUUUGAAAAUAUAAAUGUGUAUGUUAAGAUCAUAGAAUAUCAGAAUUAGCUGCAUUAGAGUUACUUGAAACCAAAAUAUGUAUCACUUGAAAUCUGAAUACUAAUAUACAUAAAUACUUUGGUGCCUAUCAUGGUUUUUUAAUGCUUUUCAUUUUAAUUGGAAAGAUCGAAAGGGGAAAAAAUGAAUUGCUAAAGGUGAAAUCACUGUGUUCCUGUAUGUUAUGCUGAAGUGCUAAACCAUGAUAUUAAAAUGUUUACAUUUGCAUCAACAAGUAAGAUAAUGUAGGUAUGUUUACUGUAGACAAUUCAGCACCGUCUUAAAUAUCCUCAAAUAAGUAGGGGCUGCGGUGGCCGAGUGGUUAAGGUGUCUCAACACUUUAUCUCUAGCCCUCCACCUCUGGGUUGCAAGUUCGAAACCUACGUGGGGCAGUCACCAGGUACUGACCGUAAGCCGGUGGUUUUUUUUCUGGGUACUCCGGCUUUCCUCCACCUCCAAAACCUGCCACGUCCUUAAAUGACCCUGGCUGUUAAUAGGACGUUAAACAAAACAAACCAAACCUCAAAUAAGUCCCCUCCCUUAUUGUAAAGGUUUAGUAACGUAGCUUGGAGAGAGCUUGCUUGUGAACCACUUUCAGCUCACUGUUUUAAAAUUGAUGAUUCUGCAAAAAUAAAGGAUUGUCGCUUAUGUGUGGGCAGGGUUUAUUUGCAGAUACAUUACGGUACAUGAACAGUAGGGUCCAAGGGUUUCCCUUCCCAGUGUGUGAUUUGAAGUAACACUUGUGCAGUAUAUGGCUACUGGUGAAGAUUAACAAAGGUAUUGGUGUCAUUACUUUAGAAUUGCAGUUAAAAUUUAUUUGCUGUUCAUGGUUCUCAUUUUCCUUUCAAUAUUUUGUUUUCUCUGUGAAAGUGUGGAAAAAAAUUGUGUGGGGAAAACAAAGAAAGACGUUGUUCUUAUCUGCAUUAGGAAAGCUUAUGAGAAGUAAUUCUGUGAAGAAGUAUACUGAGUGAGUGCUAAACUUAUCUGCUUGUUAUUGCCAAGCAAGUUAUUGAGAAAUAUUCAUUUUUUACUGGAACGUUUUUAGCAAGCAUGCAAAUGUGUGAAUUUCAUUAGUCAUACAGGUGCAGAAUAUAUCAAAUUUUUAAUUGAUAAGAAUACUGGUAGACUUUCGAAACAGGGUUUUGACUGAGUGAACUAGCUUAGCAAAUCUUCUAGUUCAAUAAAUGCAGGAGAGAAAAAAAGAUAGCAUAUUGGUCUUGCUUUGGACAAAGUGUGGUUCAAGGGGAGUUACUCUUACUAAAAACACAUGAAGUACAGAUUUGACAACUAAAAGUUUGAAAGUGGAGUAGUUAACAUGAAUUUAAAAGUUAUAUUAGGUACAGUUUACAGUAUUGCCUGGCAGGCCAGGAAGACUUGUGUUGGAGAAAUGUUUUGGUAUACACUUUGUGUAGGUAUGUACUUUUUGUGUAAGAGGAUUUACAGCAUUUUAAACAUGUAUUCAUGUAUAGUAUUGUCAUUUCCGUCAUUUGAUGCAUUACAUACACUAGUAAUUUAUGAUUUCAUUGAAAUUUGAAUUAAAAAAAUCUUAGUUUGAAAAA